UACCUUUCCAUUCCCAGCUAAACCAUUAACCAUGGAAUGUUCACUGUCUCACAUUUGCUAUGGAAGAAAGUGACAGUAGAGGCUUGGAUUUUUUUUCAUGAGAUAACCCUCCAGACUAUUAGGUUGGACUUGGAGGGUCUAAGUGUAAAAUACGAUCAAAACUAAUGUCAUAUAAAACACAGACAAAGAAGGGGCGAUGUCAAUAUAAUUCUCUUCUUGCUUAGCCACUAGCAACUCUCUCUAGCUUCUUCAUCAAUUGUUCAUGGAGUUAGUAGCAGUAGCUGCAACUACUGGCAUCAGAACAAUUGAUGUUCUUGCAUCAGAAAUCUCAGUCCACUCAUCAUGGCCUUCCAUGCAAAUUGAUAGUGUUUUAGUCCCUUGUCGGGGCCCAUUUUGCAGGCCAGCUUGUUCAUCUUCUAAAUCCAGAAGAAGAAGCUUGGUCCUUCCUAUUAUUAGAAGCUCCACAAGACCAGGCGUUGACAGUAGCAACACAACAAAUCAGGACUUUGCUGUUGAACAAGAUCCAAAUUCAACAUCUCGACAUCAACUAGCUUCCAUACAUGACCAAGCUCUUAAAACUACAUUCUCUACAGGUCUGGUGUUUGAACUGGGAUUCAAAGGCUCAUGGGAUUGUUCAGAAGUUGGAUCCCCAGUUGUGAAGAGAUUCGUUGGAGACAAUGAAGAAAGGUGGUAUAUGUGGUACCAUGGAAGACCCAAUGACAGCACAUCAGAUUCCAUUGGAUUGGCAGUGUCUGGGGAUGGUGUUCAUUGGACAAGAGGAACUCAAAAUGCUCGUUCAAGUGGGCAUGUAGGCUGUGUGCUGAACCCUAGCAGCAAAUGGUGGGCUUUUGAUACAGAAAGCAUCAGACCUUCCCAGAUGGUUGUCAUGUCCAAUCAACUUCACAGUGCUGUUUACUGGCUUUACUACACAGGAUAUAGUUCUGAGGAAGUGAACCCUUCAGGAUCAUCAACAAAUCUCAUUGUGCAAAACCCAGAAAGUGUUUACCCAAAAGAUCGGAGAAAUAAUGGCAAGAUUUUCAAAUCUCUCCCAGGCCUAGCUUGCAGCCAAGAUGGUAGGCAUUGGGCAAGAAUAGAGGGAGACCAUCACAGUGGAGCAGUGCUUGAUGUUGGAACAGGAAAUGAUUGGGAUUCUUUGUUUAUUGCUGCACCAAACGUUGUUGUACAUAGCAGUGACGAUCUCAGGAUGUAUUACCAUUCAUUUGAUGUAAAAACUGGGCGUUAUGCCAUUGGAAUGGCAAGAUCCAGAGAUGGAAUGAGAUGGAUAAAGCUGGGAAAGAUCAUAGGUUUGUUUGAUGAUGAGCUUGGAGUGAGAAAAGCCAAUGUAGUGAGAAACAAUGGAGGAAACUACUUGAUGGCAUAUGAAUGUGUUGCAGCAGAUGGAAGAACAAGCAUUGGAGUUGCAGAAUCCCCAGAUGGACUCAAGAACUGGACCAAGAUUCAAGAAGAACCUACUCUGAUGCCUUUAGAAGAUGAUCACGGAUGGGACAGUGAAGGGGUUGGAUCCCCAUGUCUGGUUCAGAUGAACAACAACAAUAAGAGUGAUGAAUGGAGACUGUAUUAUGCAGGAAUAGGGAAUGAUGGCAAGACAGGAAUCGGCAUGGCUGUAUCAGAGGGAAGCAAUCUCAGAAGGUUCAGAAGAUGGGAAUGAUGUAUUUCCCUCCACUUUAUGUGUGUGUGUGUGUGUGUAUAUAUACAUAUUUUAGUUUGAUCAUCUAUGUAAAUUAAUCCCGGUAAUUAAUAUAUUUGAAGUUGUCAUUCA